ACAAGCGUGACCCAGGUGCUUCCUGGUGCUUCACUGCAGGAUCACAGCCUGGGGAACCGAAACGGUCAGCAGCGCGUCUAGGAAGCGUCAGCGGGGAGCACGCGCGCCGACAGAUAGAGGAAUGCAGCAGUUUCCGCGACCCUCAGUCAGGUAGCCGCGGAUCCAGAAGGUUCGCAGGCAGCGCGCGUAACUCGGUGUUUUAUUUUCCCGCCGUCGGCGCGAGCUGCUGCUGACGCGAUGCUUUAGCCAUGGACAGCAGGAUAAACGAGAAUCCUGCGAGAACAUUUGAUUUGGCACUUCAGGUUGCAUGUCCAGCGUCUGAAAAUGAAGAUCCGACAGUGCUGUGGAAGUUCCCUCAGGACUUUGGAGACCAGGAGGUCCUGCAGACAGUGCCUAAGUUCUGUUUCCCGUUUGACGUAGAAAGAGUGUCCCAGACUCAGGUGGGCCAGAACUUCACGUUUGUGCUCACAGACAUUGAAAGCAAGCAGAGGUUUGGUUUCUGUCGGCUGACCUCCGGCGGCAGGGUCUGCAUCUGUUUGCUCAGCUAUCUCCCAUGGUUUGAGAUUUACUAUAAGCUGCUAAAUACCUUUGCAGACUACUUAUCAAAACACCAGGAAGAUGACUUGAACGACAUGCUGGAAACGCUGCACAACCACCCUGUGCCAAAGCCGAAUACGCCAGUAAAUCUGAGUGUGAGCAACCACUUACAUUUUGCCUAUGGGCAAAUAGUGCAAGAUCCAGGAAGCAGACAGUCGCAUUCAUACUUCAUAGCUCCUGACAUUAAUGGACUCCCCACCAUACCUGAAAGUAGAAAUUUAACCGAGUACUUUGUAGCAGUGGAUGUGAACAACAUGUUGCACCUCUACGCCAGCAUGCUGCAUGAGCGACGCAUCAUCAUUACCUCAAGCAAGCUUAGCACUUUAACUGCAUGCGUGCAAGGGUCCACCGCCAUGCUCUACCCUAUGCACUGGCAGCACAUCUUCAUUCCUGUACUUCCUCCUCACCUGCUGGAUUAUUGCUGUGCGCCCAUGCCAUAUCUGGUCGGAGUUCAUCUCAGCCUUUUAGAGAGAGUAAAGGGCAGAUCCCUGGAGGAUGUGGUCAUUCUGAACGUGGACACAAACACCCUGGAAACCCCCACAGACGAUCUGCACAAGCUUCCCAGUGACGUGGUCUCCAGUUUGAAGAGUAAGCUGAAAAAGCAGUCGACCGCUACAGGCAGUGGGGUGGCUCGGGCCUUUCUGCAUGCUCAGGCUGCAUUGUUUGGCUCCUAUCGGGACGCCCUGAGAUAUAAACCUGGAGAGCCAAUCACCUUCUGCGAGAAGAGCUUUGUGGCACACCGCUCCAGCACCAUGAGAAGUUUCCUUGAGAUGGCCGUGAACCUGCAACUCUUCAAGCAGUUCAUUGAAGGCAGACUGGCCAAAUUAAACGCAGGAAGGGGCUUUACAGACGUCUAUGAAGAGGAGAUCACAGAGGGGGGCUUCUGUAGAAGUAAUUCAAGGUCUUAUCAACAGUGGAUUCACUCCAAGGUGCGGCAGAGGGCAAAACCAGUCGUGAAAAACCUUCAGAUGGCCAAAGAUCAUGCAAAGCGGAAAAUACGUGACAUGAAGGGCAAGAUUACACAAAAGCAGGAUGCUGAAGAGGAGGAAAGCCUGUACUGUGAAGGUUCUCCCACCAGCACUAAAAGCCUUUCACCCAGGAGACUACAGAGGAGAGCGCAUCAAAAUCCAAAGUCGUCUCCACACAUGAGCCUCUACUUUCCAGACAAUGACAACAAUGAUGACACAGCCAGCAGAAUAUCCUCUGAGGACAGUGGGGAGGCGCCGUCAUACAACGAGGACAGUGAUGACUCUGAUUUAGAGUUUCGGUCUGAAGCCAGCCAAACGGGCCAGAUGACCCUGCUGGAGGAGAUUCUGGACUCUCUCAGCACGUCCCACAUCGAGGAAGGGCGACUGUCCGCCGCCAAGAGCCUCGACUUUUUCAGAUCAAUUGAAGACCUGGACUACAAUCCCACGAAAAAUUGCAAGUCUCCUUUGGGAAGCAGCCCUGCUCAGGCUGGUUGCGAAGUAGGAAACGGAGAACAAGGUGGAUGGAAUAUGGGUCAAGAUGACAGCGUCGUUCACGGUAAGCAUCUCCCGCCUUCGCCUCGACGCCAACCCAGCUCUCGUUCCCUACCUCCACGUCCUACCCUUUCCAAUAACCUCCCCAAUGAGGAGGUCCCACUAAGGAACUCUCUCCCCGAGGGACCGACAAUUCAACUUUUGGAACCUGGUGAUGCUGACAAACCCUCCAGUUCUGCUGACGCCCAGCUGAGCGCACUCAAACUGCACCCAGUAGCCCACGGCCUCUCCCGACAGAAGGUUCUUUCCAGAAAAACCCAGAGGCCCUACCAGGAACACGCCCAGCACAGGGCAACAGACGGGCAUCCUUCGGUCUUCGUUCCUUGGGAGAGGGAAAACCAGUUCCAGGAGACAGAUAUGGAAAAAAGAGGACAUGAGACUGAGGAGAAAGGCUUACUAGAGGAGAUCGAGUCCAUGUGUCGCAUCAGCAUGGCCAUCAAAAGCAACCACGUUCAAAACAACACCAGCCUGGACAAAUCCUGAGAAACUGACGCAACACUCCCGUCUAACAAUUCUCAUUUCAUAUUUACACUGUCCUAUGAUGUCACACCAGCACUCUUUGCAUGAAUUAUUUGCAAAGGUGUUUUGUAGUCCUCUUAUUUCUCACAACAGCAUUCGGUAUGUUUAAGAACUGGUCGAUGGAAAGGACGAAAAUUAGGUUCAAAGGGAUUUAUGUCAAUAUUCAUCAUCCAGUUUUAUUUAUUUCAGCAGAUGAUUUGCACUUGCGUAGUUUCAAAUCACUGUUUCGAUAAAUCACUGUGGGUGAGGGGCGAACUUCUCUGUAUAUUUUACUAAAUCAUACGAAAAUAUUUAAAUAGCGAGUGAAUCUCAGCUUAAUAUGAUGCCUUAAACAGAUUUAAUUUGCUUCUACACAGUAUUUCCUGACUGUGACGCUGUAGCUGUUUAGCUUGCUAACUAUUAUCACUACUUUUUGCGUCUUAAAGAGAGAUAUUUAUCUAGGCCAGAUGGACAACUGGUUCUCAAUUUGCUAUAUUUUUGAAGAAAAAAAAGUAUUUUUUCAAGAAAAUUCUCAGGUUUAUGCUUUUAUCCCAGAUAAGAUGUUAGUGUUUUAAUUUCAGCUUAGACAAAAAUCCCAGUUACAUUUUUUUAAAGGACUAAUAGCCUUAAAAACGAUAGUCAUAGUAUACUGACUUUUUUGCGCAAACACAACUUGUUACUGACGAAUAAAUGUAUAUUUUAAUCUUAUUGAUCUCUUAUUCAGUACAAAGUUCAGUCCACGGCACUAGAACACAAAUGCACAAGUUGUGAAAUUUAUAACGUAACUUGAGUACGUGUUGCAUUCUCAGUGUUGCCACAAGGGGUGCUGUAGCAGCUUUAGCAUAAACUAGUUGAUUCCUAAAUCCUGUACUGUCUGAGUAGGUAAUAAAAGUACAUUUGAUAAGGGACAAACAUUGAAAACUUCUGAAAAAAAAAAGUAUUUUGUAGUUAGUAUCCAAGCCCGAUCAAAAUCCAAGCGUUCUACAUACGCCAAAAAUCGUCAUGUGACUUACGGCUUAAGUUGUACCGCUUCACUGCCAUUCACAAACCUUUUCCCGUGGCCUCAUGGGAUUCCAAAGUGUCCAUCAGAUGCGCACUUUAGAAUCUCGCCGGAAGUAGUAGGUCACGUUUUUUUCUUCUCGCUCAACGUUUUACCAAUGUUUUCAUACCACUCGUCUCGUUUACUUCUUUUUUUUUACCUUCUAUAUAUACAGUAGUAGGGAAGUAUGCAUAUAUACUGGAGGAGGGUGUCUUCAUCUAUGGUUUGCAGAGAAUCUAGCUUGAUAUAUGAAUGUUAGGCUUAUGAAAUUGUACCAAUUCUAGUUACGAAAAUAUUUGUCUUGUUUCACUCAUUUCAUUCAUAUCAGCUGUGAACGUCAACCUCAAAGCUGUAUGCUACACCAAACAGGAAGUGGUUAUUAGAUCCAGCACUUGUUUCUUUAGUGGCUGUUGAGCAGGAUGAUUUAGGACACGUGCCAUUCUGUCUGACACUUUAAUGACUCUCCUCACCCCUCCUGCGUAAUCUGCUGUGGUAAAGAUGUGAGCGUAAAAGCAUUCAGAGUUUCAGGACCCCUGUCUCAAAUCAAGCUAGGCUUUUAACGUAGCGGUUUAGCCCAGAAACGAUAUAUCCUUCGGCCUUUGAACAAAUCAGACGUCCUGAUGAACUAUGCAAAUCCCAAUCAGAGUUAUCAAGCAUUGUGUGGCUAUUAGUCCAUGUCUGUUUUUGAUCAAUGCCCACAUGACAUGCAGGACAUGUAGUUAAUGUAACUAUUAAAACUUAUGGUACGUAAAUUAAAAAAAAAGUAUUUCAACUUAAAAUAGCUAUUCUUUUCACUUUAAAAUGCUUAUAGUUUUUGCUAGCUCAAAGGUAUUAUCCUGUAAAUGGGAAGAUCGCAUUUGCGUGUACUAUUUUUAGCAAUCAGCAACUUUAGGGAACUUCUGAAAAGAAAUUUACCCCAAUCCUCUAUUUAAAUACAAGGUUGUGCCUUAACUGAGUUCGACUGCUUGAGUAGCUGCUUCCUUCUAACUCAUAAAUGGAAUCUUAUACCUGAAACUCUACGUAGACAGCAACUCUUUAUCGGUGUGGUCACAUUGGCAAUAUUUUACUGGCAAAAAAUGGUCUAUUGUUGAUAGUGUUAGUGACGUGUGGAGUCACUUUCGACCAGCUUUCUGUUGGUCAAUGCUGCGGAUCCACACGACCGACCGAAACUUGAAUCUGCAUAGGGAAACUUUUUGUUGUGAAAUUCCUGAAUGCAUAGAUUUCUUUGGAAAUGACUGGAUUUGUCUUUAAAAAAUUAAAUAAAAAUCACUGAACAAUUCUAAAUGUGACCGCACAUUGAUUCAUGUGAUGCUGUCUAGGUAGACGACAGGUACUUUAGUAUUUUUACUUUUUAAUAGUUUCUAAAAUAUUGGUAUAUGAACCAAAACCUGAAAUACUUAGUAGAAUGUCUUAGUUUUUUUUUUUUUUUGCCUAAUAACCUGUUUAUUUGGUAUAUGGUUAAUGUAAGAAAGACCAUCAGCCUGUUCGAGACCAAUCAAGCACACAGGACCUCAGCCGAAGUAUCUCAGAAUGGCCAUGUGAUCACUUUUUACAUUUGCUUCCAGUGCGUAUUUUUAUUGUCGUUAUUACUUUUUGAUACUGUGUAUUUGAAAAACAUGUAUGGUUUGGUUUAUUGUUGUCAUUCAUGUGCUUUGAAUUAUGAUGACUUCUUGAUAUUUGUCUUUGGUAAUGACUGAAAAUUCAGAAUAGAUAGAAGGAAUUAACCCCUUUUCUAUACUAAUUUACAUGCGUUUUUCUUCUUAUUAAAAUAAAAUGAGUUGUUAUUUAGCAUUAUUUGAAAUUUGGUCACAGUUCAUGUUGCAGCAUUGAAACUUCCAAGUGUUGAUUUUAAAGCUGAAGUGUGUAAUCUUUUGGAAAAACUAUAUGAGAAGCGUCAUUGUUUUUGCCAUUUCGCUUGGUUACGAUACAUUUGAACCAGUUACUGUUCACCAGCUGUUUAAAAUUAAACACUACUUGAAACUGGAUAGUAAGCACAUAAAUUGAAGAACAUGCUACCCAAAAUCUUUUCUUCUUUCCUGUUUACAUAUGCUCGUGUUAUUGAUGUGCAUUUUCGUUGUAAAGUUCUGUAGUAUUUUUUGGUAAUGCUGGGAAUUCUUUUAAGAUGCAUGAGCGUACUUCUUUUAGUCGAUAAAGUAAUACGAUGUCAGCUUUUAUGACCAUGGUACUAUUUUUGUUUUUGCUUCGUAGUAUUGUGACGUUCUUCAUCUGUUUUGCUGUUGAAUUCUUUUGUAAAUUGAGUAAUGAGCUGCUGUAGCUGAAUCACUGGACUCUCCAGACUGUACUUUUGAAUGUUCCACACAAGGCAACAUGUUUUUGUCACACUGAUUUUAUUCAACAUAAUGAUAGACACACCAUUUGUACUUCAUUUUCUUGAAUGUUUCCUGGUAUGUACAUAUGGAAUGAACAUUUGAUCAGUUUAGUUUGUGGUGGUUGAAGUGCUUUUGAGUGAAUGAAGCUGGAUGCUAGAACUCUUCCGCAUGCUCUCACUGCAGUUAUAUGGUUUUCAAGUGCAAAUUGGCUCAGUCUGGUGUGUUGUUACAGGAACUACUGGUACCACUGUAUGCACUGUGAACUUAAAUAAAUUAUAUAUGUCCAUACAA